AUGUCAGUAGAGGGAGGCGGGCGCAAAGAAAGUGUGUCUGGGCGUCAGCAGCAAGCCCGAGAACUAGAGGACUUAGAAGAUGAGCUCCAGGCAGCAGAAGAUGCAAAACUGCGUUUGGAAGUGAACAUGCAUGCUCUGAAGGCUCAGUAUGACCGUGAUGUUGCUGGUCUUGAGGAGCUGGAAGAGGAGUCUAAGAGAUCAUUGCUUAAACAGCUGCGAGAAAUGGAAGAAGAGCUUCAGGAUGAGCUCAAGCACGAUCGAGCCAUAGCAGUAAAUGCUCGUAAUAAGUUACAAGGAUAUUUGCGAGGCUUAGAGCAGGAAGUGGAGAUUGCCAACAAGGUGAAGGAAGAUGAUGUUAAGCAGUACCAGAAGCUGGCUGCUCAGAUGAAGGACUUCCAGCACGAAGUUGAAAAGGCACGCAUUGCACUGAAGGAAAUGGCUGCUGCUGUAAAAGAUAAUGAGAAGCGAGUGAAGAACUUGGAAGCAGAGCGUUCAGUGUCGCUGAAGCUUGAAAAUCAGAGGCUGGUCCUUGAGCGCCAGGACAAAGAAAUGCGUGACAAACUUCAGGAGCUGGAGGGGCAGAACUGAGCUCGUACUAAAGCUACCACAGCUGCCCUUGAGAGUAAGAUUGUCAAUCUGGAGGAACAGCUUGACCACGAAGCAAAAGAGCUUGCCGCACUGGUUCAUACCAAUCGCAAGAUAGAAGAAACGCAGCAAAAACUAACACUUCAGCCAAGGUUUCGCCAGGCAGAGCUUCGAAGCGGACUUCUUAACCCGGUCAUAUCCCAAGACUGGAUAAGUGGUUAGGUGGCCCACCCCGGGGCAAUUAGAGGGGGCGUGCUUAAUGGUUAUCUAUAGGUAGGCCAACGAAUGUUGUGCAUCUGUUUGUAUGGUAGCUAGGGUAUGUAUAUCGGCAGGCUGAGCAGCGGUGCUCCAUCACUCGUAUGGUCUAGAGCAGGGAUGCACAACCUACGGCCCGCGGGCCAUAUCCGGCCCGCGACGCGGUGCCAUCCGGCCCGCGAAACUUCUGCCCACAGUGCAGGAAAUCGGCAU